AUGGCUCUAAACCAUAUCUUCUUAGCAAUCUCCAUCCUCCUAUUGUCAUUUUUGGUCAUUGCCUCUAAUGCUGAUUAUGGCUAUGACCCCGAGCCAGAUACGGUUAAACCUGAAACUAGUUAUGUUCCAGGACCCAAACCCAAACCAGCUUAUGAUAUCCCUAACCCUGACCAUGAUCAACCAAAACCAACCACACCCAAACCAAACACUGCCAAUCCAGGUUACGAACAUGGCCCAAAACCCAACUUCGAAUAUGACCCUAAACCACAUGUAGAUCUACCAAAGUUAACAAUCCCAAAACUACCACAUCAUGGUCACCAUUAUAUCCCAAUGCCACACCACCUGCCCAAACCAAAACUAGACCACGACAAGCCAGGUUAUGAACCAGAAAGCCUACUCCCAAUUUGCAUUGAAGGGCUUGUUGUUUGCAAAUCCGGUUCUGAUUAUGUCCCUAUCCAAGGAGCUGUGGUAAAGAUAGCAUGCACGACUGUGGAACAACAUGGGUAUGAGACAACACAUUUCUCUUGCUUGACUGAUGCUCAAGGUUACUACUUCAAAACGUUGUUUCCUUCUGGUGCUCUCGGCCAUGAUUCAAAGCUUAAAGAGUGCAAGGCCUACCUUGAAAGCUCUCCAACGGAGACCUGCAAAAUCCCAACAGAUGUCAACAAUGGGAUUACUGGUGCCCUCCUUUCUUCUUCCCACAUUCUCAGUCACAAGAACAUCAAACUUUACUCUAUGAAGACUUUCUUCUACACCUCAGAAACUACAUCAACCUCAACUCCUGCUGGUGGCUACUAA